CAAGAAUGCGAUCGGCUUGUCGAUCUCUUAAUGAUUACGAUUUUUCUCCGACUUCUGAUUCGUUUUUCUAUCACAAGAACCAUUUUCCUUCCUCACAGUGAAUGCUUCAAUCUAUUUGGAAAAUUAAGAAGCAAUACAUACCUUUUAUUCUGAAUUUGAAGCGACAGUAUAGGAUUUUAGUGGUGAUCAGAAUUUUCGUUGCUGAGUCAUUGGCUUGGCUAGGAAUGGCUUCGUACUUUGACGAACAUGAACUUACUGACCGAACCAGCAAUCCAGAUUUCUUCCUUGAGCUUGCAAGGAUGCUCCUGUCUCCAAGUGACAUCCUUGAAAUUUCCAGAAUGGCAUUUGAUCAGAUUCAAGCGCCACCGGCUUCUAAAGAAGCUGUUGAAUCUUUACCAUCCAUACCUAUAACUACAGAACAUGUUGUUAAAGGUUUCUCGUGUCCCAUAUGCCAAGUGGAAUUCAAGAUUGGUGAACUUGUCAAGAAACUUCCUUGUGAUCAUAUGUUCCAUAAGAGUUGCAUUCUACCAUGGCUGAACAAGACCAACAGCUGCCCAAUGUGCAGGCAUGAACUACCUACAGAUGACCCUAAGUAUGAAGAAAUGAAAGUUUUAAAGGUGAAGGAGCAAGAUCAACACUUCAGGGUGGAAACACUUCAUGAUUCAAUGUUUUCUUGACAAAAUCAACUACCUCACAGUUGUGUAGUUUAUAUAUUCUAUCAAUUGUUAAUAAUGUUAUGGAAAUGUUCUGGCAAAGUGCAAAGCUAACUAUUACAGAUUGAAAUAUCAGUCUCUAACUCUGUUGGUUCCAAAUAGAUAUACUAAUUGAUAUUAAUUAAUUUCUGACACAAUCACAGUUAAUUAAAAAAUUCCAGCCGGCUUAAAGGCUUUACUAUUCCAUCAAUUGUUAAGGAUAUAACCAAAACUUUAAAAAUUACUCUGACUGCAUCAAAAAUCAUCCAGAUUUAGAAUUCCCUUGUCAAACUUUUUGUGCCUAAAAGUUAGAAGCAUUUGAUAAUUUUUUCAAACACUAUCACCCGAGAAUGGAACAUUAAGGUCAUGACAACAAAGGAAAUGAUAGCAAACUCAAGAAGCUUUUAAAAGACAACUCAAUCUCCUUGUGAAUACCAUUAUCCCUUUCACUAUCAUGAGUGACCAAGACAGAAUUUCUCCUUAGAACUUCAAUACAAUAUCAAGCAGACAAGUGAUGAGAAUAAGAAAA